UGUUCUCAGAGUCCGGGCGGCCAACGAGGGAGCCUGGAGCGUCGCCGGGAGCGUGGCCGGAACGCCCUGCGGAUCGCGGCGUCGCUAAGGGUCCCUCCUCUACUGUCACCCCCGUGGGCGGGCCCACGGCUCGGUGGGAACCGGCGGCACCAUGAGUGAGGAGUCAGGGAGCUACCUGGACGCCUACGACGACUACAACGCCACGACGGACUACGCGGUGGACCCCCCCGUCCUGUGCGUCCUGAAGGACGUCCGCGACUUCUCCCGGCUCUUCGUGCCCGUCACUUACUCCUUGGUCUGUGUCUUCGGCCUCCUGGGCAACGUCUUGGUGGUGCUCACCUUCGCGUUCUACAAGAAGGCCAAGUCCAUGACCGACGUGUACCUCCUGAACAUGGCCCUGGCGGACGUCCUGCUCGUCCUGACCCUGCCCUUCCGGGCGGUGACGCACGCCACGGGCCAGUGGGCCUUCAGCAGCGCCCUGUGCAAGCUGGUGCGCGGCGUCUAUGCCGUCAACUUCCACUGCGGCAUGCUGCUGCUCGCCUGCAUCAGCCUGGACCGCUACGUGGCCAUCGUGCAGGCCACGCGGUCCUUCCGCCUGCGGGCCCGGAUGCGGGCGCACCACCGCGCCAUCUGCCUGGCCGUGUGGGCCCUGUCCGUCCUCAUCUCCACCGGGACCUUCAUCUUCAGCCAGAAGUACCGGCUGCAGGACCGGGAGGUGUGCGAGCCCCGGUACCAGGAGGUCUCUGAGCCCCUCCGCUGGAAGCUGCUGCUGCUGGGCCUGCAGCUGCUGUUCGGCUUCUUCGUCCCCCUGCUGUUCAUGAUGUUCUGCUACCUGUUCAUCGUCAGGACCCUGCUGCAGGCCCAGAACUCCAAGCGGCACAAGGCCAUCCGCGUGGUCGUCGCCGUGGUCCUCGUGUUCCUGGCCUGUCAGGUCCCUCACAACGUGGUGCUGCUGGUGACGGCCGUGAAACUGGGCAAGGUGGGCCGGUCCUGCCAGCGCGAGAAGGCGCUGGGCUACCUGGAGACGGGCACCGAGGUGCUGGCCUUCCUGCACUGCUGCCUCAACCCCGUGCUCUACGCCUUCGUGGGCCAGAAGUUCCGGAGCUACUUCCUGAAGAUCGCCAAGGACCUGCUGUGCGUGGGGCGGCGGUAA